AUGGGUUGGAUGUCACGUUCACUUCGUUCUUGCAUCCCUCUUGGUCGUCAAGAACGAUUAGCACCAAUUGAAGGAACCGUAAGAUCUGCUAAUAAUCUUGUACAACAAUGGGAUUUCAGACUGAGUGACAUAGACAUAGACAUAGAUGAGCUUCGUAAUUCCAUACUACGAGAAUUGGAUGAGAGGCUCGGUGUCCAAAAAAGGGGAUUAUCAGAAGAAACCAUCUCAGCUAGUUUGGAAACAAAAUUAAUUCACAUUGAAUCUUCAACGUCUGAAGAUCGGAACGAGGAGACUGAGAUCUGCACUAUUUGUCAGGCUGAAUAUGAGAGCGGGGAAAAAGAUACCACUCUGAAUUGUGAUCACGAAUACCAUGUGGACUGCAUUAAACCUUGGCUGAGAGCGAAGAAUGCUUGCCCAAUCUGCAAACGCCCAGCCGCAAAUGCCCAGCUGUGCUAUGAUUGA